AUGGCGUCAGGGCUGGGGCCUGUCUGUCAGGGAGCUGACAGCACUGAUUUCCGUGAAGCGGGAGCAACAUCCAGCGUGACCUGGAGAGGUGAAAGCAACAUGUGGCCCAGGCUACGGCGUGGGCCUCCCGCUUUCAUCCUGCCUCUCAGCUGCAGCAGGGCCCUGGGAACCUGGGGACUCCCCUACCAGGACUCCCCUACCAGACCUCCCCUACCAGGACUCCCCUACCAGGACUCCCCUACCAGACCUCCCCUACCAGGACUCCCCUACCAGGACUCCCCUACCAGGACUCCCCUACCAGACCUCCCCUACCAGGACUCCCCUACCAGACCUCCCCUACCAGGACUCCCCUACCAGACCUCCCCUACCAGACCUCCCCUACCAGGACUCCCCUACCAGGACUCCCCUACCAGGACUCCCCUACCAGGACUCCCCUACCAGACCUCCCCUACCAGGACUCCCCUACCAGGACUCCCCUACCAGGACUCCCCUACCAAGAAUCCCCUACCAAGACUCCCCUACCAGGACUCCCCUACCAGGACUCCCCUACCAGACCUCCCCUACCAGGACUCCCCUACCAGGACUCCCCUACCAGACCUCCCCUACCAGGACUCCCCUACCAGACCUCCCCUACCAGGACUCCCCUACCAGGACUCCCCUACCAGACCUCCCCUACCAGGACUCCCCUACCAGACCUCCCCUACCAGGACUCCCCUACCAAGAAUCCCCUACCAGGACUCCCCUACCAGGACUCCCCUACCAGGACUCCCCUACCAGACCUCCCCUACCAGGGCUCCCCUACCAGGGCUCCCCUACCAGGGCUCCCCUACCAGGACUCCCCUACCAGGGCUCCCCUACCAGGACUCCCCUAGCAGACCUCCCCUACCAAGACUCCCCUACCAGGACUCCCCUACCAGACCUCCCCUACCAGACCUCCCCUACCAGGACUCCCCUACCAUUGCUCCACUACCACGACUCCCCUACCAGACCUCCCCUACCAGGACUCCCCUACCAGGGCUCCCCUACCAGGACUCCCCUACCAGGGCUCCUCUACCAGACCUCCCCUACCAGGACUCCCCUACCAGACCUCCCCUACCAGGGCUCCCCUACCAGGACACCCCUACCAGUUUCAGCAUGGAGUGA